GCCCGGGGCGCUGUGGCCGGGUGUGCUGAGUCACUCGCUGCACUGCACCCGGCAGCUGGCCUACGUCAUUGAAAAUGCUCAUUGGGCCCAGCUGUGUAGGGGACGGUGCGCACACUAGGUCCUGGAGGACACGUGCCGGCGGCAGGACUUCAACCCCAACGAAUAUGACCUGAAGUUUCAGAGAAAUGUGCUUGACCUCUCUCUCCAGUGGAGAUUUGCCAACCUGCCUAAUAACGCCAAGCUGGAGAUGGUGCCCAUCUCCCGGAGCCGCGAGGGGCCCGAGACCAUGGUGCGUAUAGCUCUGCAGCUGGAUGAUGGCUCCAGGUUGCAAGAUACUUUCUGUUCAGGCCAGACGCUCUGGGAGCUUCUCAGCCAUUUUGCACAGAUCAGGGAGUGUCUGGAGCAGCCGUGUGAGGCCAGCCCAGUCUGCGUGUACAUGAGGGGUGAGGUGACUGGCAGGGCUGCCCUGCAGAGCACAACACUGCAGUCGCUGGGCCUCACCGGGGGCAGUGCCAUCAUCAGGUUUGCCAUGAAGCGAUGUGACUCUGCUGGCAAGCAGGAGCCUGGGCCCUCCUGGAGCAAAAGCCCGGGAAGCCUGAUGCCAUCCACAGAGGCCGAGCAGGCCGCCAGCGGCCCUCGGCUUCCUUUGAAUUCAGCCGGGCUCAGCCAGGGCGAUGUGAGCCAUCAGGACGAGACAGCCAGCCUGGGGGCCGGCCUCACAGACGCUCAGACAGAGCAGAUCCUGAAGGAGCCCUCACCUGCCCCUUUUGUUCCUUUCUCGGGUGGAGGACAGCGGCUGGGGGGCCCCUCCGGGUCCGCAAGGCCUCUCAUGUCAUCUUCAGCCAAAUUGCCAAAGUCCUUCUCCAGCCCUGCGGGCCCCUCCAAGCCGAAGAAGUCAAGGCCUGGCCAGGAGCCCCAGCCGGAGCCGGAGCCGGAGCCGCCAGUGGACCGAGACCCCGUGGUGUGCCACCCCGACCUGGAAGUGCUGCUCCAGGCCUGGCCCUCAGAGCUGCCUGACGAGUUCUUCGAGGUGACCGUGGACGACGUCAGGAGACGCUUGGCCCAGCUCAAGAGCGAGCGGAAGCGCCUGGAAGAAGCCCCCUUGGUGACCAGGGCCUUCCGGGAGGCUCAGAUGAAGGAGAAGCUGCAGCGCUACCCCAAGGUGGUCCUGAGGGUCCUGUUUCCUGACCGCCACGUUCUGCAGGGCUGCUUCCGCCCCAGUGAGACCGUGGGGGACUUGCGGGACUUCGUGAGGAGCCACCUGGGUGACCCCGAGCUGCCGUUCCACCUGUUCAUUGCUCCUCCGAAAACCAUCCUGGACGACCACAUGCUGACCUUGUUUCAGGCUAACCUCUUUCCUGCUGCCCUCGUGCACUUCGGACCCGAGGAGCCGACAGGCACCUACCUGGAACCCAGGCUGCUGGAACACACCAUCUCCCCGUCUGCAGCUGACGCGCUGGUGGCCAGGUGCAUGUCCAGGACAGCCGGGACCCCACCACCGCCGCCACCGCCGCCAGCCUCCGACCCUGUGCCCUCGGAGUCAGAGCCGACUGCUGAGGAAGGGGCCGUGGAGCCCCCCGAGCCCGGCCCCCGGAUGGCCCAGUCUGCAAGGAGGGGUCUGGGCAAGGUGCCCAAGUGGCUAAAGCUGCCAGCCGGCAAGAGGUGAGCGCCGCCGGCCCAGAGGUGCCCAGUCUGCCGGCCACAGGACCCCUGCCCACCCUGAGCGGGAAUAAAGUCGCGAGCUUCUCUCGAGA